UACAUCUCCUGUUUCCGGAGGAAGUUGCAUUUGUAGCCCUAUCUUUGGCCCUUACCCUUUGACUUCAAUGGCGGCUCGUGUGGUGUUGCAGCAAUGUCUUUCGGCUCGGCUGCAGGUGAAGCCGGCAGAAGAAGGCACAGCGGCUGAAUACGUUCAGAUAGAAAGGGGGACGUUGAUCUACGUUUGUUUUUUUAAAGGUGCAACCGUAGACCUAAUCCCCAAAAUGUUUAAAUCGUUGCUGAAUGUGAGACUCUGUGAGGAUAAUGAAGGUAAUCACGUGUCUGUGCUGGAUCUACCGGCUAAUGUUCUCAUCAUACCUCAGGCUACUUUGGGUGGUAAACUCAAGGGACGGGCCAUGCAAUACCAUGACAAUAUUGGAAAGGAGGAUGGCAAAGAGCUUUUUGCACAGUUUGUAGCUCACUGCGAAAAAGAAUUGGCCUCGAACAGUAAAUGUGCUGAAGUUGGAGUUGUGGUCAAACAUGGAACAUACGGAAGUCGACAAGUGUUGCAAAUCGACACCAAUGGCCCAUAUACACACUUGAUUGAAUUUUAAAUCAAUUCUGUCAUUUUUAAAAUAUUAUUUAAAUGUGGGCACAAGAAACUACAGAUGCUGUUUUUUUUUAAAAAGCACAAAGUGCUGGAGUGAUUCUUUACAUACCUGACCAGUCUGAAGGAGGUCCUGACCCAAAACAUUGCCUAUCCAUGUUUUAUAGAAAUGCUGCCUGAGCCGCUGAGUUACUCCAACAUUUUAUGUCAUUAUUUAAAUGUGCGUUAUUUUAUCUCAACAGUUUAUUUUCUUUUUAAGAGCAGCUACUGAGAAAUUGAUUAUCCAUAGAAUUGUGCACUAUCAUUCAGGGUGGAAAUGGCAUUCUGGUGUGUGGAUUUAAUACCACCCUGUUGAAUUUUCCUUUGGCAAUUUCUGGAACAUGAUUGAAAUAUUUAUUUAGAAGUAAGCUUUGCAAGUAUUAUAAGAGUAACUGCACACCGCCCAGUCACACUCCUACAUAAUCUGUUUCCUUUGACGAAUGAUCAUACGUGUGGGAAAGUUGAUGACAUUAUUUUUUACGGUACUUCAAGUAGGAAAUUAAAGUAAGGGUUUUUUUCUGCACUGUUUCAAAGAGAUUUCUUUAAAAAAGAUUUUGCUCUGUUCAAAGACAGUGUUGUGGAAAGAUUCAAUUGCAUGAGUCUAUAGUUGGGUAAAAUAGUGAUAUUUCAUUGCCACCUGCUGAAAAGAAAGUCCCAUUCACCUAAGGAUGCAGUCUACACAUGCAUUCUGAUCAGAUCAGCCACUUCUAAUGUCACAUCCCCUUUGUGAUUAUAAUGUACAUUGGAGAUGCCUUGUCAUUUCUAAGUGGCGUUGGCUUUUGUUAUUUGUGUCUCUAGAUCGUUUAUGUCCUGAAGGCCUGUUAUUCCUAACCACAUUCCAUAUAUUUACCACUUAGUUCCUCAAACCUGUCGCUUCUCCCUGCAGAGAUGUUUUGAAAGCAAGCCAGUGUUUCCUUUUAUCUUCCCCCAUGUACUGUCUUUCAGAGGAGGGGCUGCUCAUUUCUAUUUCUCUUUGUAGACUAUCAGUGUCAAUAUUUCUUGCUCUGUUACCUUGGCUAUUCCAUAGCCUACGUAGUCUGCAAAUGGCAAUUAGCUUUUGACCCAUGUAUCUGUCUUUGUUGCUGUACAUGUCCCAGUGCUGACACAAAUGCCUCAUGGCUAUGAGCUUUACUACAAACCCCGCAUCAUCCUGUGAAGUCUUGACUUCAAGAGAACAUUUCAGAGGGCUGUUCCUUAUUUGUACUGCUGCACUUGUUAGCUUAUCUACACUAAGUCUGAUGUGCACAGAAAUGUACUUCUCAUUUAUUUUGUAUUUUUACAGAAGUUGCUGGAGAUUGCAAAGUUGCAACAAGUUUCUAGAACUUGCAGCAGCUAUGGCGGCAGAAGGCAGGUUAUGUUUUAACUGGUCUGCUCGAAAGGUUAACUGUUUUUUAUUCGUGGCAGAUGCUGCCUGAUCUACUAUUUCCAGCUUCUGCAGUUGUCAAUUCUUUGCUUAUUUGUUUAAAUGUUCUUCCUACAACUGACAUUUUAAGUUAAUUCAUUGCCUGAGAUACCUUUUGGAAUUGCUGCACAGUUGUACAAACACACAUAUACACAUCUGAAGAAGGGUCCCGACCUGAAACGUAUCCUAUCCAUGUUGUAGAAGGAUCCCAAAACAAAGUGUCACCUGUCGUUGUUCUACAGAGAUGCUGCCUGUCCCGCUUUGUGUCAUUUUUACACGCCUAUACAAGUGUAUCUGCGUUUUGAAUAAUGCUUCUUGAUAAUGAUUUCUUUGAAUUGUAAGUUCUUAUUAAAGGUUCUGCUGUCUUUUUUCACUCAUAUGAGAUUGUUUUGUAUGUGGUUUUAAGAUACUGGUUACCAGAGUCAGUCAAGUUGAAAUCCAUUUAGGUUUUGAUGUAGAAACAAGGAACUGUAGAUGCUGGUUUACAGAAAAGGACAGAAAGUGCUGGAGUAACUCAGCGGGUCAUGAAGCAUUUCUGGGUCGGGACCCUUUUUCUAACCAGAAGGGCUAACAUCUGGAGGAGAGUCCCAAUCUAUCCAUGUAAGUUUUGAUGUGUCUGUUUUCCUGGUUCAAGAUGGGUAAGUGCAUGCACAAAAUGGUAUUUGGGUUCUUAUUUUAUACCAGAGGUUUUUCAUAUUGACGAUGGUUUUUCCACGGGUAUCCGGAGCUUGCCCAGAAUAGGUGUUGGACUACAUAGGAUUAGGUUUAUUACUGUCACUUGUACCAAAAGUUUUGUUUUGCAUGUUAUCCAAAUAUAUACCAUACAUAGAUACAUUGUGUAAUGAGGACUGAUGCAUAUUUGCGGCCACCUUUGCAAAAUUAGGUCACACGGACAUCUGAAGAAGGGUCUCAACCCGAAUCAUCGCCAAUUCCUUCUCUCCAUAGAUGCUGCCUCACCCACUGAGUUUCUCCAGCAUUUUGUGUCUACCUUCGAUUUUACCAGCAUCUGCAGUUCUUUCUAAAUGUUGGUUUCUGUAAGUGCUUGGCAUCCAAAUCAAUAGAAACCAACCUGCAGAGAGACAAGUUCUAUAAUGUUUAUUGACCUCAUUAUGGAGUUUUAUUUGGUAUUACUUGUAGAGAAAUAACAUGGAAACAGACUCUUCUGUCCACCAAGUCCAUGCCAACCAACGAUCACUAAUUCAUGCAAGUUUUGUUAUCCCACUCUCUCAACUCCAUACAUGCAAGGGACCAUUUACAGUGGCCAACUUGCCUACACACUCACUCCUCUUUGGGUUGUGGGAGAGGAAAUCCACAUAAUGAUAGGGAGAACAUACACAUUUCAUAGAGACACACCUGAGGGCAGGAUGGAACGGAGGUCUCUGCCUCUAUGAGGAAGCCGCUCUACCAGUUGUGCCACUGUGCUGCCCUGAGUUAUGAGAAACAGCAAUUUGCCAAGUGAACUGCUUAAUUGCUUCUAUCACAUUGUCUUCUGUUCUCACAUGAAGUACAGAGCCAGCAAGUUACCCCUGGAAAUGCAAUUGGAACCCAAAGUUCAUGGCUAGUAAGAGAUGAGGUUGUUAGACCAAUUUAGCUUUAGACCCAUGCAAAGUAUGCUGCAUGAAGUUUCUGCUGGGUAUGAUUCAAUUAUUUCAGUCCCUUAUCUUGAAAAAACUGCUGAAUUGGUGUCUUGAGACUGCAGCCACUGAUUCGGGGAUAUUGAUUGUUUCUUUGUAAGACAACCAUAUACCGGUAGUUAUUUAUGUUCUCUUACUAAUAUUUGAGUAUUUAUAAUCGUUCCAAACAAAGGUGACACUUGACAUUCCAGCAGAUGGGUUGAGAUGUGGGAAUAGGAUUGAAAAUAAUAAACUAGAAUCACUUUUAUGAAUAUUUAUUUGGUGAUUCUUAGUUUGCAAGUACACUUUAUUCAAUUUCUAAACUAUUAACAUAAAGUCACUGCAUUAAAAAUUAACAGUGACAUUAUGAAUUCAAAUCAAUGAGAUUAAUCCAAAGGAUGCUUUGCUGGUCUAUGUGAAUGGAAAAAUUAAUAAAUUGAAAACCAACAAUUAUAAAGAUAAAUAGAAUUGAUGUUCACGAUUUCAAUAUGUGUAUCAGUUUCAUGUCGGUGCAAUGAAAACAAUUAUUGCCAUAUUUAAUGUUUUGGGUAAUGGAAGAAAUGUGUAAAGCCAACAUUUGAAAUAAAAUUAUACUUGAAAUGUU